GCAAAAGUCCCUGCGUUUCUUGGUAGACUCUUUCCCCACAGCAAGAGACGGGCCUCCUACCCCUUCCGCCCGAGGAUGGUUUAGGUAGGAUCAGUUGUUUUAUUAAACAAAAAACAAAAACGUGCACUAUCAGAAACAAGUUACCUAACAAAGCUGUCACAUAUAAAUGCUUAAGCAUGGCAUGCAGAGAAAGAGAAAACUGCAAGAGUUUUAAGGAGGCUACGUUUAUGCUUUCCUUUUAAAAACAGUGCAAAAAAAGAAAGAAAAGGGAACAAAGCACUGAAUUUCCUGAAUUCCCUAAUAUUUUCUCUCUUAACUCAGGUGAUAAACAUUAAGCCCAUGUGAAAACGAGUGCAAGGAUAUGGUCAAGAAAGAGUUAAAAGUGUAGCCCCAGCUGACAGUCAGCUGAUUGGCCCCUGAUUGACAGCUUCGAAAAGUUUCCUUGUUUCUAUACUAUUAUGCUAAUGAGGGCUGAGAUUGAAGCAACCCAUUGGUCCAGACUUGGAGUCAAUUUCCCAUUUGAAAGCUGACGUCAGGACUGCUAUAAAACUCAGCAAUGCUUUUAAACUCUACUGCUGGAUGAGACCUUUAAAAUGUUUUUCAUCUUCUUGCUGUAGCUUUGGGGUUCCGUUUUUUCUUUCUUUUUUUUUUUAAAGAAAAAAAUAUUAUUUUGGUUAUCGCGCCGACUUAAUUUCUUCUGUUUGUUUUUUUUUGUUUUAAUUUAUCCUUCAGUCUUUUCCCCCGCCUCCUCUUCCCCGAUGAACCUCUUCUCGGUUUGCACUUUGCAUGAAAAAGACCAGAGGAAAGACAUGAUGAAGUGUUAAAAAAUAAUCAUAAAGCCACCUUUGCAGCAACAACAACAACUAACAAUUCCAGCUGCAGUUUGCCAAGCUGCAACAGAGAGGAAACAACCUUUAUGCAAAAGGCGAAUAGAAAGAGCAACCCGCUCUGAUGCAUCAUCAAUACUAUAGGCUCUGCAAAGGAUAAUAAAGAGAGAGAGAGAGAGAAACAGUCGGUGCAAAUUGGAGCGAAGGUUGCAAGGGGCUAGUGGAGAGAGAGAAGGAAAAUAGAUAUUGCAAAUAAUCAAGCUGGCUCACCCGGUGGCAACUCAGAGCAGUCCCCUCGCUCCGGGUGCGCACCCUUUCUGGAGGACUGUCAGCAGCAAAAGGAUGGCAUCAGAACUGGCAAUGAGCAACUCCGACCUGCCCACCAGUCCCCUGGCCAUGGAAUAUGUUAAUGACUUCGAUCUGAUGAAGUUUGAAGUGAAAAAGGAGCCGGUGGAGACCGACCGCAUUAUCAGCCAGUGCGGCCGCUUGAUCGCUGGGGGAUCGCUCUCUUCCACCCCGAUGAGCACGCCCUGCAGCUCGGUGCCCCCUUCCCCGAGCUUCUCGGCGCCCAGCCCGGGCUCUGGCACGGACCAGAAGACCCACCUGGAAGAUUAUUACUGGAUGACCGGCUACCCGCAGCAGCUCAACCCAGAGGCGCUGGGAUUCAGCCCCGAAGACGCGGUGGAAGCGCUGAUCAAUAGCAGCCACCACCAGCUCCAGAGCAGCUUCGAUGGCUAUGCUAGAGGGCAGCAACUGGCCGGCACGGGGGGCUCCGUGCCCGGGGAAGAGAUGGGCUCUGCCGCCGCCGUGGUCUCCGCAGUGAUCGCUGCAGCCGCGGCUCAGAACGGGGCGCCCCACUACCACCACCACCACCACCCGGCCGGGCACCACCACCACCAGCAGCCGGGCAGCGUGCAGUCCAGCAGCAGUAGCAGCAGCAGCAGCAGCACCGGGGGAGGAGGUGGCGGAGGGGGUCUGCACCACCAGCACCACAGCAGCAGCCUGCAUUUCGACGACCGCUUCUCGGAUGAGCAGCUGGUGACCAUGUCGGUGAGGGAGCUGAACAGGCAGCUCCGAGGGGUGAGCAAGGAAGAGGUGAUCCGGCUGAAACAGAAGAGGAGGACCCUCAAAAACAGAGGCUAUGCCCAGUCCUGUCGCUUCAAGAGGGUCCAGCAAAGGCACGUCCUGGAGUCAGAGAAGAACCAGCUGCUGCAGCAAGUAGAGCACCUAAAGCAAGAGAUCUCCAGGCUGGUCCGGGAGAGGGACGCCUACAAGGAAAAAUAUGAGAAGCUGGUCAGCAAUGGCUUCAGAGAAAACGGAUCCAGCAGCGACAACCCUUCCUCUCCAGAGUUUUUCAUGUACCCAAGAGAAUCUUCUACAUCGGUGAUGUGAAAAUGCCUGUUGCCUGAAGUAAAAAAAAAAAAAAAGAAAAAUGAUGCUGGAAUGCUGAUGGCUUAAGACAACUUUUUGGCAUGAAGACAGCUACAAAGCACAAAAAACAAAAUAUGAACUCAGAAAGAAACAAGAAAAAAAACAGCGUUUUCAUGGCAUCGACAAGAAGCUCUUUAUUUUUCCUCAAGUUUUCUUUUCUAAAAAAAAUGGAACUAAAACAUUUGCAGAAACAAGACAAACUUUCUCUUCAGGUGACAAUAUUCAAGCAUGUUCUUUUACUAAAUUUAAAUUGAAAGAAAAAAAGAAAUUUUGAACAGGAUGCAGUAUUUGGAGAACUGUGAACCUUCAAAGACAACAAAACAAACUCUUUAAAACUGUGAACCAAGAAAUGGAAGGAACAACUUUUA